AUGGUGCCCCCGGCAUACCCUACACCAGUUGACGCUAGCAUGGCGGCCGCGGGCAAGCAACAUCGCAAGGCAGUGCAGCCAAACUACCAUCAAAGUGUAAAUCAGCAGUAUGCAGCUGAGGAGGAGCAGAUGGCGCUGAAGGACUUGUUGCAGCAGUUGCAUGUCGUCGUGGAGGACCUGGCUGCAUUGGAUGGCUCCCUUACAUCUCUCUUUGAAACUGCACCGAACACGGAUGUAACGGAGCAUCAGCAGCUGGUCCAGUUCCGGAGCCGUGUCGCGCGACGUAUAACUCGCUACGGGCAGCUUGCGAAGAACUUGGCUCAAAUUGUUGAGAAGAUCAUUUCCUACAGCUCCGCCCAGUCCCCGGAGGAUGCCCGACACAGAGAAUCCUUUCACCCCAGGCAGCUGCAUGAGCUCGACGCCCUACUAAAGCAGCACCAACAACGCCUGCAAAAGUACAAGUCGCAGUUCGCUGCCUGGUGGCAGAAUACUGAGCGGCACUUUCACACAAUGCGGAUGGCCAACUUCGUAUGUUCCGUCCAGGAGAGGGCACAGAACACAGUAGGCUUGUCUGCUAGAGAUGCACAGCCUGGAGGUCCUUCUCGCAGCGGGGGUCCUCGCUUGGAACCUGUUCGAGCUAAGGCAACUACUGGGGAGCAGGUGAACUCUUCCCGCGGGACGCAGAAGCCACACGAGGAUACUUCCCUCAACCCACCAGCCUUGCAGAGGCCUGCCCAUGUUCAGUCCCACAGCCAGCAGCUGCUCCAGGAGACGGGACAGGCUAUGGCAAAGGAAGUGCAACGCAUGCGGGCUACCCAGGAGCAGCUACAGCAGUCGUCGAGUGCCAUCGAACAGACAGAGGCAUCCUAUAACGGUCAGACACGUGCCACACGCCAGCGCAGUCCAACACAGCUGCGAUGCACCAUUUGGCAGGCCUAUACACUUCCGUCUGCCGUUGCAUAG